AAGAGAAAAAAGAAGCGCCAGAGUCUGCGCAAAACGAACACGUCUCUAGUGGUCGCGCUGCUUGUGCUGUCACGAGCCUUGUCCAAGGCUACCGAGUAGCGAAUUGACAUAAAUUAUUGACGACAUCGAAUUCUCUUCGUUUAGCCAUCAGACACACGUCAUUAUUGGAAUAGAUACAUAGUGGAAAUACGAUUGUGUGCUGACUGAUCACCGUCAACUGGUGAUGUUUUCCAACAUUUGAUAUAGCUAGCUAGCCAGCUAACGUUAGCUGUUUAGCUAGCUUGCCGUGCGUGACUCACUGACAGUCAAAGAUCAGACCGAGUCGCUAUUUUUUGGGCAUUCUGCUUUUACUCUUGAUACCUUUUAUAUAUAACUUUAAUACAUUUAGCGGGUAAAUAUAUUUGUUACAUCUGAGUGUACGUUAACGGUCAUUUGGUCGUGAACGAAGGGAAGGGUUGAAUGAAUUUGCUAGCCAGCGGAAACGUCGGCUAGUUAACACGGAUACAUUUGGAGUAACCAAUACUGCUAACCUGCUGAGUUGAUCCACGGCACGGUCAUCCAAACUAGCUAAUCUACAUAGCUAGCAAAUGUGCUAGCAAGCUAUUAUAAACGUGCUGUCUUUGGUAAAACGCCAAGGAAAGAAACUGUUGAGUUGGUUAGCUGGCUAACUAGUUAGGAAACAAGGUAACAUACACUGUACUGAUAGCUGACCGUCGACAAUUCAUUUUCUACGAGAAAGGCCGGAGUGAGGACAGAGAAACGAGUAAAAAUGCCGGCUGUGUCGAAGGGAGAUGGGAUGCGCGGAUUAGCGGUGUUCAUUUCGGACAUACGGAAUUGCAAGAGCAAGGAGGCGGAGAUCAAGCGGAUCAAUAAGGAGCUGGCCAACAUCCGCUCCAAGUUCAAGGGGGACAAGGCACUGGAUGGCUAUAGUAAGAAGAAGUAUGUCUGCAAGCUACUCUUCAUCUUCCUGCUGGGACAUGACAUCGACUUUGGACACAUGGAGGCUGUCAACCUGCUCAGCUCCAACAAGUACACAGAGAAACAGAUCGGCUACCUGUUCAUCUCGGUGCUGGUGAACAGCAACAGCGAGCUGAUCCGCCUCAUCAACAACGCCAUCAAGAACGACCUGUCUAGCCGCAACCCCACCUUCAUGUGCCUGGCCCUGCACUGCAUCGCCAACGUGGGCAGCCGUGAGAUGGCCGAGGCCUUUGCUGGAGAGAUCCCACGCAUUCUGGUGGCUGGGGACACCAUGGACAGUGUGAAGCAGUCUGCUGCCCUGUGUCUUCUGCGUCUGUACAAGGCCUCCCCAGACCUGGUUCUGAUGGGGGAGUGGACCUCCCGAGUGGUGCACCUCCUCAACGACCAGCACAUGGGUGUUGUCACGGCAGCCAUCUCCCUCAUCACCUGUCUCAGCUCGAAGAACCCAGAUGAGUUCAAAACCUGUGUGUCCCUGGCUGUUUCUCGUCUGAGCAGGAUUGUGUCUUCAGCCUCCACUGACCUGCAGGACUACACCUACUACUUUGUCCCGGCCCCGUGGCUGUCCUGUAAACUGCUGCGCCUGCUGCAGUGCUACCCACCACCAGAGGAUGGCGCCGUGAAGGGCCGCUUGGUGGAGUGUCUGGAGACCAUCCUGAACAAGGCCCAGGAACCACCCAAGUCCAAAAAGGUUCAGCACUCCAACGCCAAGAACGCCAUCCUGUUCGAGGCCAUCUCACUCAUCAUCCACUACGACAGUGAGCCCAACCUGCUGGUGCGUGCCUGUAACCAGCUGGGUCAGUUCCUGCAGCACAGAGAGACCAACCUGCGCUACCUGGCUCUGGAGAGCAUGUGUACCCUGGCCAGCUCCGAGUUCUCCCAUGAGGCCGUCAAGACCCACAUCGAGACCGUCAUCAACGCACUCAAGACUGAAAGGGAUGUGAGUGUUCGCCAGAGGGCUGCUGACCUGCUCUACGCCAUGUGUGACCGUAGCAACGCCAAGCAGAUAGUUGCCGAGAUGCUCAGCUACCUGGAGACAGCCGAUUACUCCAUCAGAGAGGAGAUGGUGUUGAAGGUGGCCAUCCUGGCAGAGAAGUAUGCAGUGGACUACUCAUGGUAUGUUGACACCAUCCUUAACCUCAUCCGCAUUGCCGGGGACUACGUCAGUGAGGAGGUGUGGUACCGCGUCAUCCAGAUUGUCAUCAACCGCGACGAUGUGCAGGGCUACGCCGCCAAGACCGUCUUCGAGGCUCUACAGGCCCCAGCCUGUCAUGAGAACAUGGUGAAGGUGGGGGGGUACAUCCUGGGAGAGUUUGGAAACCUCAUUGCCGGGGACCCCCGCUCCAGCCCUCUGGUCCAGUUCAACCUGCUCCACUCUAAGUUCCACCUGUGUUCGGUGCCCACGCGCGCCUUGCUGCUCUCCGCCUACAUCAAGUUCAUCAACCUGUUCCCCGAGACCAAGGCCACGAUCCAGGAGGUGCUUCGCUCCGACAGCCAGAUCAGGAACUCUGACGUGGAGCUGCAGCAGAGGGCCGUGGAGUACCUCAAGCUCUCCUCCAUCGCCAGCACCGACGUCCUGGCUACUGUGCUGGAGGAGAUGCCUCCCUUCCCAGAGAGGGAGUCAUCCAUCUUGGCCAAGCUGAAGAAGAAGAAGGGUCCUGGUGCCGUGUCGGUAGAGCUGGAGGACGGCAAGGAGAGAGGAGAGCUCAACGGUGGAGGGGACAGGGGUGGUGACGCUGCCAUCGCAGCCUCUAACGCUUCCACCCCAUCCCCUUCAGCGGAUUUGCUUGGCCUUCGUUCGGCCGCUCCCGUUAGUGGGACCGCUCCCAGUGCAGGCAGCCUAUUGGUUGAUGUGUUUUCAGAGGCUGGGCCUGCUGCCUCCUCUGCCGGCGUGAACGACGACGGCUUCCUGAGCGCUCUUCACGCUCCCGAGGCCUCUGACUCCCCAUUGGUGGAGGGUCCUGGUGACUCGGACUCUGCUCCCCCUUCUGCGGCCUCUGAGGAUCCUGCCCCUCCUCUGCCCGAGUCAGACGAGCUUCUCAACAAAUUUGUGUGUAAGAACAACGGUGUGUUGUUUGAGAACCAGCUGCUUCAGAUCGGCAUCAAGUCUGAGUACCGCCAGAACCUGGGGAGGAUGUAUCUGUUCUAUGGCAAUAAGACCUCGGUGCAGUUUGUCAGCUUUAGCACCAUAGUCAGCUGCCCAGGGGAGCUGCAGUCUCAGCUCAACGUGCAGACCAAAACAGUGGAACCCCUAGUGGAGGGAGGAGCACAGGUGCAGCAGGUCAUCAACAUCGAGUGUCUGACUGACUUUAUUGAUGCUCCGCUGCUCAACAUCAAGUUCAGGUAUGGGGGAGCCCUGCAGAACAUUUCUCUCAAGCUACCUGUCACCAUCAACAAGUUCUUCCAACCCACAGAGAUGGCCGCCGCAGACUUCUUCCAGCGCUGGAAACAACUCAGCCAGCCCCAGCAAGAAGCACAAAAGAUCUUCAAGGCCAGCCAUGGCAUGGACACAGAAGUGCUCAAAGCCAAGUUGCUGGGCCUGGGGACAGCCCUGUUGGAGAAUGUGGAUCCUAACCCAGAGAACUAUGUGUGUGCCGGAGUCAUCCAGACCAAGGCCCAACAGGUCGGCUGCCUGCUGAGACUGGAACCCAAUGCGCAGGCCCAGCCUGGCGAGCAGAUGUACCGGCUGACUCUGCGCAGCAGCAAGGACACUGUCUCCCAGCGUGUCUGCGACCUCCUGGCAGAACAGUUCUAAAACCCUGAGUCUAGAACCCACCCAACGAGUCUCAGGCCAUCAUCAUCAUCACGCUCUAGACACCCAACACACCGAGACUAGCGUUUCAA